UUUGGUCGAGAAAACGUUCUAUCAGCAAACAAGAUUUGAACUUUUCUUCGUUCUUCAAACCGAAUCAAUAUUGUCUAUAGAAUAUGCCAAACACAUUAGGUAGAGUCUAAAAAUAGUGUCAUUGUCCCAUCGAGUUGAGAAAAAUAGUUUAUCCGACCCGAUUAGACAUUACUAAAAAGAGAUGCACGUGAAUUAGGUACCUGAUUUUUUCUGUGGCUUUGAGUGAAAACGACUGGCUCAUACGGACCAAAGACUUGAUUGGAAAUGCGUAACUUACGGAUAUUCACAUUUCUAUCAAAAUCAAAGCAAGCCCAUUCAUUUCAUUGUGCUGUAUUUGUAUCCAUUGUUUAAUUGUGCUUAAAAAAGGUCAUAGAUACAACAUUCAAAAUCAUUAUUUAAGUUGAACAUAGCAGACAUAGAUUGUACACUUUCAUUAGAAGCCCACAGAUCAAGAUUUCAGGUACAUAAAUCCCCUUUCUGAGUACUGCAUUUUGGAAGUUUUUGAAGCAAAAUACUCUGUUAAUUAUUACAAUAUAGAACAAACAGGUUAAUCUUGCUGCACCUGCUAUUAUACAAGUGAAUAUCGUGUUCGUUUGCAUUUUAAGAUGAUUCUGCAGGGACGGGACCUGUAUGUACAAGUAUAAUAAACCCCCUUACAAUUGCUAUUUUCACAGCUUAUCUUUUCUUCUAUUUGUGUUGUUAAGGCAGGACAAUCAAGAGCUCACGAGCACUCGUACUUAGGAUGGGAGAGACGGGGGAAUUACAAAAACAUGACGCUGAAAUCAAAGUCGAAAAGGAAGAGAAGCAUGAAAAGAAAGAGAAAGAGAAGCACGCUGAUGAGGGCGAGAAAGGAGAAAAGGGUGCAGAGAAAGCCAAAGACAAGAAAAAGAAAGAUAAGGGUGACAAAGAGAAGAAGAAUCCUGAAGAUAGGAAGGAUCCAGCGAAAUUAAGAGCCAAAUUGGAGAAGAUUGAUAGCAAAAUGCAGGCUCUGGUGAUUAAGAAAGACGAAAUGAAGCAGAUCAAUGAAGCAGAAAAGGAAGCAGCAAAUCUAAGCGCCCCACCUGCCACUGCUUAAAACACUCCACUUAUAUGUAGAUAUAGAACGUGUGUGGUAAAAAUAGUUUAUUUUUGAUAAGCUGCACUCCUACAAAUUGUAUGGACCAAAAUUUAUAAACCUAGCUUAUAAGCCAGAUAAGUUGGAAAUCUAGUUUAUAAGUUGAAUUUAUGAAUUUGGUCCACACAAUUUGCGGGACCGCAGCUUAUAAGAAAACAAUCUUUUUGCCAAACACGUUCAUUAUCAGGAGGUGACAUAGAAUUUACAAGGUUUUAGCAUUUUUUUUUCCUCAAUCGUAUGGAUAUGUAAAAUACAGGACAUCCAAUCCUAGCAGGAAAGGGAGGGAAAACUGUUCACUCUAUUUAAAGUCCAAACACGUAGCAUGAGUUUAUGGGCAUCCUGUUUACGGUUGAUGCCACAGAAUAGCUUUAGUUAUUUCGUUCGAGGAUGUAAUUUUUGCUAAUGGGAUAUGAAACUGCACCAAUGUGACUAAUUACUAAAGCAGAAGGCAAUAUAUAAUCAGAACUCAGACUCUGAAACUGAUGCAGAAGUUAUUCAAUCUUGUUUCUAGAUGUAAAGAUACCAAGAAAUUUAGAAGUAAUAAAGGGAAUUUGAAAUAAACCAGGAAUUACCUUUAAUCGAGCUUUUGUGCAGCAGAUCCAACGGUAAAACAGGCUCGGUUCCUGGAAAGAUGUGUGAUAGAUGAACAAAGUCGAGAAAAAUAAUUCUCGUAAAAUGAGAAUUAUUUUACGAGAAUUAUACCAACCAAUACCUCUGGUAGUUCAAUAUCCAUUCUUUAAACACAGAAAAGGCUAAAAUAUACAAGCAAUGGGAAAUGGAAUAUCCAAAAUCAAACGAAAAACAGAUUUACCAACACCACGAAA